UCCAUAUACAGCAACAGCCACACACCGACUUCAUCUCCAUACAAAUUGCACCCAGUAUGUUUGCCAGUCCAUGCAGCUGAGAGUCUGAAAAACAUUUCCUUUAGCCUUUUCUUUGCUACCUGCCACAAACAUGCCUUGGUGCUGCUAUUUUGGCCCAGGUCACCUGUUGACCUGACAGGCAAGUGUCAGGGGAGAGCACACAUGUCAUAUGCAGGUGGAAACUCUCAUCAGGGAGCGAUGCUGUGGCGCUGGCUGGCACAGUUGGAGCCCAGGGUAACACAGCACUGAGGGACUGCAGAUGUAGCUGGUGUCUGAGGAGGUUACCUGAGGUUUCAUGAGGUUGUGUGUGACAGAGCUAAGCAGUUAACUUCGGCAUCAGUCUGGAGGUUUCCAACCCUCUGAAGAUGUACGGCCUGUACUUGGAAGCAGUCAAUGAUUACAUUAAUGAAUCCUACGGAGAGGAUGUGUGGAGACUGAUCGAGAACCGAGCAGAAAUACCCCACCUCAAGUUUGUCAGACAUCAGAUGUACAAUGACAACCUGAUCCUGAGGUUGGCAAAGGCAGCAGGCGAGGUUCUGGGAAAGACCCAUGAUGAGCUGAUGUACGCCUUCGGGGUCUACAUGGUCAAGAGGAUUGGAAACUACGGAUAUGAGCGGAUCCUAAAGGUGUUGGGGCGAAACGUGCGCGACUUCAUCAAUGAGCUGGACAACCUGCACGAGUACUUUCGCUUCUCCUUCCCCAAGGUUCAGCCGCCAAGCUUCUGCGUGGAGGAGGAAUGCGAGACGAGCCUCACGCUGCACUAUCGCAGCACCCGCAAGGGCUUCACUCAGUUUGUCAAAGGGCAGCUCUCUCAAGUGGGACGGCAAUUCUACAACACAGAUAUCGAAGUGGAAAUCCUGUCUAAAGAGGAAACCGAGAAAAUGACGUAUGUGGUUUAUAAGAUGAACUUCGACAACGCCGCCUUCAAACACCGCAUGCCCCAGCAGAAGACAGCGCCGGGCUACGAGAAGCUGCCAAUGAAGCGAGGUAUCUUUUUUGACAUGUUCCCCUUCAGCGUCAUUUUCCGCCGGGACAUGACCAUGUACCGCAUCGGUGACGGCCUCAAAGAGGUCUUCUCCGACCUCCAAGGCAAGAAGGUCAAUGAGGAGUUCACUCUGAUCAGACCCAUGCUGGAGUUCAGCUGGGAUAAUAUCUACACCCAUUUGAACAAUGUGUUUGAGCUGUUGUCGAAAGCAGUGGUGGAGAGCAAGCAGAAGGUCAAUAUCCCCAAACUGAGCAAGGAGGAGCCAGAGGAGAAGGAAGAGAAUGAGAAAGCAAAGAGGGAAGAAGAAAGGGAGCCAAAGGCAGUGGAGGAGAUGAAGGGCACAGACCAAGAGUACAGCAGCGCUCUCACUCAAUACAACAGCUCUGCCAACUCUGGAGGGGAAGAUAUUGAACUGCUGGCAUUCCAGACUGUCACCGGAAAGUGUAGUGAGACCAUCUUUGAGGACAUGCGGGAGCCUCCGAAGAAACCUCUCCACCUGAAGGGCCAGAUGAAGUAUGUCCCCCAGUGGGACUCCCUCAUCUUCCUGGGGACACCCAUUAUAGAGACAGUGGAGGAUAUGAUAAAGAUGGGUGUGUACGUGAAUGAUCUGAACCUGCAUGACUCCAGCAGAGAGCUGAUUUUGGCCGGGACACAACAAUCGGCUGAGCUGCAGCUGGCCCUCGAUCAGGAGCAACAAAAAUAUGCUCAGCUGCAGGAAAUCAUCAAGAAGCUGGACGAAGAAAAGAAGAGAGGAGAUUCUUUGCUUUACGCCAUGAUCCCUAAAGCUGUGGCCGACCGCCUCAGGAAGGGGAUCACUGCACUGGAGACAUGCCAGGUCUUCCCAGAUGUGACCAUCCUGUUCAGCGACGUGGUCAAGUUUAACGAGAUCUGCAUCCACAUCACACCCAUGCAGGUGGUGGACAUGCUCAAUGAGAUCUACAUUGUCUUCGACACACUCAGCGAGAAGCACAAUGUUUACAAGGUGGAGACGAUUCGUGAUGCUUACAUGGUGGUGGCGGGCGUGCCCAACAAGACCACCUUUCAUGCGCACCAUAUCUGUGACAUGGCCUUGGACAUGCUGAGCUCCAUCGACCACCUUAAAGACCCCUCCACCGGAGAUAACAUCCAGAUCAGAGUCGGUAUUCACUCAGGUAUGGUGGUGGCUGGUGUGGUGGGUCUGAAGAUGCCUCGCUACUGUCUGUUUGGCGACACUGUGAACACAGCCUCAAGGAUGGAGAGCAAUGGAGUGGGCAUGCAGAUACACAUCAGUCAGACCACCAAAGACCACCUGGAACAUGAGCCCUAUAUCAUUGAGGAGAGGGGCAAAAUCUUUGUAAAGGGUAAAGGCUACAUGAAGACCUACUGGCUGAAAGGAAAGAAAGAUCUAUCGUUCAAGACCCCGGCAGAGCUACGCUACAGCAGUGAACAGAAAGACUCAGAGGACAAAAGCUCUAAUGGUUCCACAAGCACCAAUGCCAAGCGCAUGGCCUCCAACCUCAACAUCACCAGCAGUGAGGAGCAAGCUGAACGGAAGCCAAGCCCCAGCGAUCUCCCCCUGGACACCCUGCCCCCACCAGAGGCCGCUAACGAGCCCCCCGCCAUUUCAACCGAGCCUCAGGAGAAGGAGAAUGCCAAAAAGACUAAGAACAACAAGGGGGCCAAGUUGGAUGUGCCCCAGGGAAACGCAAUGCCAGAGUCUUUGCUGCCCGCUGACGGGCUGGAGAACCCGGGUCCUUUACUCAACAACAAGAGAAACAGCUUCAGGGAGCAGUAUGCCAAGCUGCCCACCAACCUGCCCAUGCGCAGCACCGCCUGCUCCAUUCUGUGAGCAGAUGGUUGUAGUGUGAGAUUACAAUACGACUUUAACAUGUGACAAGGGUGUGAUGCUGAAAAUAUCAUUCAAGUUUAAUCAGGGGCAGGCAUUUCAACAUUUUCAAUAUUUAUGGUUACAGAUGAUCUGCAUUUUAACACAUUUUGAAUGUCAUGCCAAGGGGUUGUGAGAGAUAUAGGCUUUUGUGAGAUUUUGAGUAAAAUAACAGUUAGCCUAUAAGGCAACUUAAACUGAAGGCCAACACUUUAACUUUUAAACAUUUCCCACAAAAGUCUACUUGUAUUAAGGUAAAGUUUGUGCAACAUGUCAGGCUCCAAGUACUUGAUAAUUGGGUUAAUCUUGAUUGCUUGGCAAAAAAAAUCCCUCUGCACUCAAAGUCACUGCAUUUAAAAUAUCAAAUGGGGAAAACCAGUAUGUUGCUACUUAUUGAUUUAUUGAUUUCAUGCAUCAAAAGAUUUGUCUUGUACAGAAACUGAGAAAGUACUUUUCUAAGAUCAGUUAUAUCAACAUCUACUUAAAUUUUACAGGUUUCACAACAUGCCUUCCUUAUGUCGACAGUUUCCAAAUAUAGGAAGUACAAUGUUACAAACAGCACAUGCACAGAGAAACAGAGAACCUUAAAACUGUACUACAGGUAAUGACAGCCAUGACAAUGCGUUUAUUUCUGAUAUUCUUUAUGCUAUUUGCUGUAUUAUUGUACAGCUCUACAAGCCAUUCAUGAAGUCACUGCUAUUAUUGCUAAAUUAAUUCUGUUCAAAUGUAUAAUGACAACAAAUUACAGGAUGUUUUGGAAAGUAAGCCAUUUUGUGACAGGGCUUACACGGAUUUUAACUGAGGCGGGAGCUUCCACAGAAACAGAAAAACUAAUUCUAUGGAUGCUUUAUAUAAUUCACUGAGAGUAGACAUCAGAGGUUGUAUUUCAUUUUGUUUAAACUAGGCGUAUGGUAAUUCAGUAGGCAUUUGGCUACACCUUCACAACAUUGUCUUAAAGAGUUCUGGUUCUACUUUCUGUAUGUAACUGACUGCAUUUGUUUCACUGUAUAAAACUGUAUGUACAGCCACUAAAA